GCAAGAUGACGUCCAUAAGCUUCUUCUGAGGGGUUCUUGAGAAGACAUGAUGUUACACUCAGCUUUGGUUCUCUGCCUCUUACUCAUCACAGUUUCUUCCAGCCUUGCCAUCGCAAUCAAAAAGGAAAAGAGACCUCCUCAGACACUCUCAAGAGGAUGGGGAGAUGACAUCACUUGGGUGCAGACUUAUGAGGAAGGUCUCUUUCAUAUUCAAAAAAGUAACAAGCCACUGAUGGUUAUUCAUCACUUGGAAGAUUGUCAAUACAGCCAAGCAUUAAAAAAAGUGUUUGCCCAAAAUGAAGAAAUACAAGAAAUGGCUCAGAAUAAUUUCAUCAUGCUGAAUCUCAUGCAUGAGACCACUGAUAGGAAUUUAUCACCUGAUGGACAAUAUGUGCCUAGAAUCAUGUUUGUGGAUCCUUCUUUAACAGUCAGAGCUGACAUAACUGGAAGAUACGCCAACAGACUGUACACAUAUGAACCUCAGGAUUUACCACUAUUGAUAGAAAACAUGAAGAAAGCAUUAAAACUGAUUCAGUCCGAGUUAUAAUGGAUUACCUCUAAGAGGUCAAAUGUCAU